UGUUGCGUGCUGGGGGGCCGCGUUUGCAUUGGUGGUGUGUUGGUUCACACACCGUUUUCGAGUUCAUAAUUUACUUUAAAAAUGGGAAUGCUGGUUCUGUGAAGAUUGAACUUAUUCAAUUUUGAACAUUAGGCUGCUGGAGGCAAUAUUACCUGGCUGCCUCGGUAUCCUGCCACGUUAAGAAUGGGUGGUGGAAAGAAAGGGAAAUAUGAAAAAGAUUUCCGUGGCAAGAGGAAGUAUGAUCCACCAUCAAAUGAUAAUUCAGAGGAUGGAUUUGAUCCAGAGCAAGAUGGAGUCCCAGAUGCUGCCAAGCAUGAUGCAGAGAAGGAAGUUCAGGCAGCUGAGGAUGAGUUUGGUGCCAAGGAUUACAGAUCUCAGAUGCUGUUGAAACCUGAUCAUGUCUCUCGGCCACUGUGGGUGGCGCCGGAUGGACACAUCUUCCUCGAGUCGUUCUCGCCCGUGUACCGGCACGCGCACGACUUCCUGAUCGCCAUCGCCGAGCCCGUCUGCCGGCCCGAGCACAUCCACGAGUACAAGCUGACGGCGUACUCGCUGUACGCGGCCGUCAGCGUGGGCUUGCAGACGGACGACAUCAUCGAGUACCUGAAGCGGCUCAGCAAGACAUCCAUUCCGGACGGCAUCAUCGAGUUCAUCCGGCUCUGCACCGUCUCCUACGGCAAGGCAAAACUCGUGCUGAAGCACAACCGCUACUUCAUCGAGUCGCAGCACCCGGAGGUGAUCCAGAAGCUGUUGAAGGACGCCGUCAUCUCCGACUGCCGGCUACGCCAGUCGGCUGAGGACACGGAGGCGCUCAUCACCGAGAAGCAGCAGAAGACCGACAAAGUGCAGUUCGGCAGCAAGGCGGAGCCGGCCGGCGGCGAGCCGGCGGCGGCGGCCGGCGAGAAGGAGGCGGCCGAGGCCGUGCCGGACGACAUCACCAACUUCUACGGCCGACUGGACGACGACGAGGACGAGGACGCCACCGAGACGCAGACGGUCUCGUUCGAGGUCCAGCAGGACAGGAUCGAGGUGAUACAGAAACGCUGCAUCGAGCUGGAGUACCCGCUGCUGGCCGAGUACGACUUCCGCAACGACUCCGUCAACCGCGACAUCAACAUCGACCUCAAGCCGGUGGCCGUGCUGCGCCCCUACCAGGAGAAGUCGCUGAGGAAGAUGUUCGGCAAUGGCAGAGCCCGCUCCGGCGUCAUCGUCCUGCCCUGCGGUGCUGGCAAGAGUCUGGUGGGCGUGACCGCUUGCUGCACGGUCCGCAAGCGCGCGCUGGUCCUCUGCAACUCGGGCGUCUCCGUGGAACAGUGGAAAGCCCAGUUCAAGAUGUGGUCCACAGCGGACGACAGCAUGAUCUGCCGCUUCACUUCGGACGCCAAGGACAAGCCGAUGGGCUGCAGCAUCCUCAUCACCACCUUCAACAUGAUCACACACACGCAGAAGCGCUCCUGGGAGGCCGACCAGACGAUGAACUGGCUGAAGGAGCAGGAGUGGGGCAUCAUGGUGCUGGACGAGGUGCACACCAUUCCGGCCAAGAUGUUCCGGCGCGUGCUCACCAUAGUGCAGGCCCACUGCAAGCUCGGUCUGACGGCCACGCUGGUGCGCGAGGACGACAAGAUCGCCGACCUCAACUUCCUCAUCGGUCCCAAGCUGUACGAGGCCAACUGGCUGGAGCUGCAGAAAAACGGCUACAUCGCGCGCGUGCAGUGCGCCGAGGUGUGGUGUCCGAUGGCGCCUGAGUUCUACCGCGAGUACCUCGCCUGCAGGAGCACCAAACGGCUGCUUCUGUACGCGAUGAACCCGAACAAGUUUCGGGCAUGCCAGUUUCUGAUCCGCUACCACGAGAAGCGCUCCGACAAGAUCAUCGUCUUCUCCGACAACGUGUUCGCUCUCAAGCACUACGCCAUCAAGAUGAACAAGCCUUACAUCUACGGUCCCACGUCACAGAGCGAGCGCAUCCAGAUCCUGCAGAACUUCAAGUUCAACCCCAAGGUGAACACCAUCUUCGUGAGCAAGGUGGCCGAUACGUCGUUCGACCUGCCGGAGGCGAACGUGCUGAUCCAGAUCUCGUCGCACGGCGGCUCGCGGCGUCAGGAGGCGCAGCGACUGGGCCGCAUCUUGCGUGCUAAGAAAGGAGCCAUCGCCGAGGAGUACAACGCCUUCUUCUACACGCUCGUAUCGCAGGACACGGUGGAGAUGAGCUUCUCCAGGAAGCGACAGCGCUUCCUGGUCAACCAGGGCUACAGCUACAAGGUCAUCACCCGGCUGGCCGGAAUGGACGAGGACCGUGACCUGUUGUACAACAGCAAGGACGAGCAGGGUCAGCUGCUGCAGCAGGUGCUGGCCGCCAGCGACCUGGACGCCGACGAGGAGCGUGUGCCCGGCGAGCAGGGUCGGCCCGGCGGCGGUGGUGGCGGCGGCUUCCAGCGGCGCGCCGGCAACAUGGCCUCCAUGUCAGGCGCCGACGACGCCGUGUACAUGGAGUACCGCCGCAAUAUCAAGCAUCCGCUGUUCAAGAAGUUCCGGGUCAAGUGAGGCGGGCGACUGUGGCGCCGGCGCGGCUGGAGAAGGCUUGCCCGCGACGCGCUGGCAAUCUCUGUGAUUGGCAAACUGUGCUGAAGGCGGUGAUGGUGAAUCGGUGUGAGUGUGACGAGCUGUGAUGAUUGUUUAGGGAAUCUUCCAAUUUGGGAGGGAGUUGCGGCCCGGCGGCGCGUGUCUGUCUGCGCAGAGUUGUGAGUUGGCAGCGUUGGAAGCAUGCUGUCCAGUUAGUGUCACCAGGAUCAUUACGAACGUCGAGUGACACGAAGACGAUCUGCACGUUGUGAAACAUAUGGUCUGUACGCCGUGAAACAUAUGGUCUGUACGUCGUGAAAUUCGCAACUCGCUGGGCCGCCCUUAUAGUGUUCAGGACGUUUAGCCCUGCACAUAAUUUAGCCAUGAAUCUGUGUUAUACAUCUGGAACAUGCGUUGUUGUUUUCUUCACAAUACAUCGGUGUCACGCCAGCUG